AGUGAUUCAUGUGGCCGAUAAUGUUCAGAUGAUCUGGGACCCGGAGGACGCAACCUACGGCAAUGUAGUUCGAUUUAGCUGCAAGUCUAACACAGAGGUUCUGAAUGGGACGUCAGAGAUCUCUUGUGAUGAAAAUGGAGAGUGGAGUGCCCAGGCUCCAAGCUGUGAAGCUCCUAAAGGCUGUGGGAGACCACCACCCCUUGCAAAUGGAGACACCAAGAACAGUGCCCACUCUAAGUACAGACACAACGACUGGGUUGAGUAUGACUGUCAGCAUUUAUAUACCAUGAAUGGCAGACCUUAUAAAACCUGCAACAAUGGUGAAUGGACUGGACAGAUGAAAUGCCUCAGGCCCUGCACUGUGACCAGAGAAACCAUGAAUAGAUACAAUAUUCGCUUCAGACACUCUAAUGAAGAGAAGCUGUAUGCACCUCAUAAUGAAAGAAUAACAUUCAGUUGUACCUAUGGAAGACGACCUGUUGGUUCAGUGGGUAUGCAUCAAGUUUGUAAUGAUGGUGUUAUACACCUUCCCUCCUGCCAGUAAAGUUUUUUUUUGAGGAAUUUACAUUAUUAACUAGAGGACACAGCAGGCAGGAUAAAAAAUAUUCUCAAAAUGAACUUCUUCUGAUUCUUUUGUGUCUUGGUUGUGACAAUUUGAAUAAAAAUCAGUGUUCACUCA